UGUGAUAAAAAUAUUGAUAUUUAUUAUUCAAUAGUUAAGUAUUAUCAGUUUUCCUAUCAAAAAUUAUGGUGCUAGUCUCAAACUAUCAAGUAAACUUAUUGCUACUAAUCCAACCUGUUAUAAUGUAACUUUAAAGUUAUAACACAUCUAAAACAGUAUCAAUGCGGAUUUUUUUUUUAAUUCUCCUAAGAAGUCGAGGAUAUCAAAUUCGACGUAGUUACACAUAUCAAUAAAUAUUCAAUACAAGUUAAACACUUGCAAUAAUCAUGGAUCAAUCAAGUGAUAAACCUUCAUUCGAGGAUAUUCAAAUACCAAUACCAUUUGGUUACGUAAGUGCAAAAUGGUGGGGACCAAGAGAUAAGCAACCCAUAAUAGCUAUCCAUGGCUGGCAAGAUAAUGCUGGAACAUUUGAUCCUCUGAUUGAGUUACUUCCAAAAGAAUUAUCUAUACUUUGUAUAGAUUUACCUGGACAUGGUAGAUCUUCCCAUAUACCUCCGGGGAUCCCAUAUUAUAUAUUUUGGGAUGGACUUGUCAUAUUACGUAGAAUAGUUAAAUAUUACAACUGGAGCAAUGUGUCAAUAUUGGGACAUUCUUUAGGUGCAGCUAUUGGUUUUUUAUAUGCUGCUUCUUACCCUGAUGAUACAGAAAUGCUGAUUUCAAUUGAUACUGUAGCCCCUGUAAUUUUUGAUCCUUCAGAAAUUGCUAAAAAUACAGGAACUAAUAUUGAUAAGUUUUUAUAUUAUGAAUCAUUAGGAUCAGAUAAAAUGCCAUCAUAUGGUUAUUCUGAUAUGAUUGACUUAGUAAUGGAUGGUCAUCAUAGUACGUUAACUCGUAAAGCUUGUGAAAUACUUAUGAAACGUGGUAUGUAUCCUGUAAAAGAUAAUAAAUACUUCUUUUCAAGAGAUACGAGGCUUAAGGUAGUAUGGUUGGGCUUACCUUCUCUUGAUGUAAUUAAAGAAUAUGCUGGACGUAUAAAAUGUCGAUAUUUCAAUAUCAAAGCUAAGCCAUACAUACGAAUGGAUAAUUGGCCAGUGUAUUCAGAGCUGCUGAAUAUAAUUAAAACAAAUGUUAAACAAUUUUUAUUUAUUGAAUAUGAUGGUACCCAUCAUUUACAUUUGAACAAUCCUGAAUGUUUAGCAUCUGAUGUAAAAGACUUCAUAUUACAGUGUGAUAAAGCAUAGUAUUUAGCAAUCAUAUUACUUAAACUUGUCAACAGAUUAGUUUUACCAUCAUAUGAAACAGUUAUUGAAUUUGCAAAAAAUAUUUGUUGCCAUUACUUAAUGAUUAAAGCAGUUCCAGGUAGAGUACGGGAUAAUUGGCCUUUAUUUAAAAAUGUAUUAGA